AUGGCGAGGGGAGCUCUCUGUGCCCUGCUGCUGCUGCUGGCCCUGCGCUGCGGCCCUGGGUGGGCAGGGGAGUUCUGCCAUGGCUGGGCUGCCAGCCCCCAGCGCUGGCACCGCGGCUUCCAGUGUCCUGAGCGCUACGAUGUCCCAGAGGCCACUCUCUGCUGUGGGACCUGCAGCUUGCGCUACUGCUGCUCAUCCAGAGAGGCCCGCCUGGACCAGGGCCGGUGUCCUGGGAAUGAAGAACAGAAUGUACCCAUGAAUGAGCAGUUGGCUAAUGUCACUCUUCCAUUUCCAGUGCCCGUGUACCUGCCCUUCCUUCUUGUUGGAUCUGUAUUUGUGGCGUUUGUUGUUGGCGGUGCCUGCGUUGGAAUUUGCUGCUGCAAGUGCUUAAAAUCCCAGGAUGAGGAGCAGCAAAGUGGACUUGCACCUGGCCAGACUUGGCUACUAGAACCUGAUCUUCCUUCUCACCUCUCCAGUUCCAGUUCUGCCACCAGAAGCUCACUGAGUAGUGGUCCUCAGACCAGCAACAUCUGCAUGACUCUAGCUCCAUCUCUUCCUAUUAUUGGGUUGGCUGAAGACGCUCGGUUCUUAAGUCCUCCACCUACCAGUGGACAACUCUUGCACCCUCCACACG